AAACCAUCUACUCACAAUAUUUCCAUAGAUUUUCCACAUAAACUCUCUCUCUCUCUCUCUCAUCACUUUUUCCCUAGGAGGAAUUUCAGCUGUAACAGAAGUUUGCAAAAAUGGCAACUGAGGAUCAGAAGUACAACGCCGGUGAAACCCAGGGCCAGGCUGAGGAGAAGACGGGGAGCAUAACAGACAACAUGAAGCAAAAGGCCCAGGAAACCAAGGAGAAGGCCUCCCAGACUACCCAAACCGCAAAAGACGGCACCACCGAGUCCAAGAACCAAACCGGCAGUAAGAUCUCCGAAAAAACCGGUGCGGUCAAGGACAAGGCGUCGGGGGUGGUCCAGUCGACCAAGGACUCGGCCCAAGCGGGGAAAGACAAGACCGCGGGCACCAUCGGAGAGAAGGUGGAUCAAGUCAAAAGCGCGGCGGCAGGCGCGAAGGAGGCCGUGAAACAGGCCUUCGGCAAGGGUACCAAGGAUAAGGAGGAGGAUCCUAAAGAAGACAAUGCCGAGAAGGACGACAACAAUUAGUUUUUCUGAAAAUUUGGAAGUCAUGUUUUCUUGAUUAUUGGUGGUGGUGUUGUGCUUGUUUUUUAAUUUGUGUUUUGUAUUAAUUUGGUAUUUGGUUUAGUAUGGUUUGUUGGAUGUCUUUGGUUAAUUCGAGUUGCCUUAUGUUUGAGGUGAUUCAUUUUCUCUUAUUUGAGGAGGUUCAUGUUUGAACCCUAAUUACUAUGUACUUUAUAUAUAUGUGUGUGAAUAAAACAUCUAUUGCUA